AUGAGUGCAACCUACCCGUUACGCUUCCUCUCUGCACGGAAAACGCUCCCAACAACCCCAACAUCUAUAGCUGUCUACGUCCUAACAUUCGGUGGUGGCAUGGUUUCUGGAGACAAUAUUGACAUGGAUGUUGUCGUAUCACCCGGAUGCACUCUAUCUCUACUAUCACAGGCAUCACUAAAAGUAUUCAAGCAACGAGCUGUCUCCAUCAAACAGUGGGGGAAUGUGCCAAUUAGCAAUCAGCGAGAUGUAAGACAGACUAUAAAUGGUCUAGUGUCGUCAAACUCGCUGUUGGCUAUACUGCCUGAACCUGUAACGUGCUUCUCGUCGGCAUCGUUUACACAGACGCAACAUAUAACACUAGAAGCUAAUGCAUCGCUGGUAUUGCUGGAUUGGUUUACGUGUGGGAGGAUGUCUCGGGGAGAAGAGUGGGAGUUUGACUCGUGUUCGAGCACGAAUACUAUAGAUAUAGAAGGGUAUGGCACUAUCGUUAGGGACUCUUGGAGGCUAGUGGACGAUAACAUACUAGUCGAUAUACCAUUACUCGGGCACGAUGAUGGAGGAGAUACGCUCAUGAGCGGUAAUCACGAUGACGAUCUAGAGCCUAUAACCGAGGACUUUGCCAAACUCUCGAGUCAACCAAAGCCAAGGAGUUAUGCAGCUCGAGUAAUGCCAUAUAGAUGUCUGGCCAAUGUCAUACUAAUUGGACCACGAACACAGCAACUCGUGGCCCGAGUUUUGUCAGAAUUCGCCACUAUAUCUAUAAGUAAAAAGAAUCCCAUCCAGGAUGGUGUGAUAUGGAGCGCGUCUCCACUUGUAAAUCAGCAUGGGUGUAUUUUGAGGGCGGCUGCAUUAGAUACGCAGAGUAUGAGAGCUUUAUUGCAACAACACAAUAGUAGUAUAUCUAGAUUUGCAUUCAAUUAUAGAAAGUAA